AUGAACGCCUCCGCCGGACUGGGCGCCGCGGCCGCCGUGGUGUCCGUGGGCGCGGACUACUGGGGCCCGACCAGCGCGACCGGCAACUGGAGCGGCCUGGACUGGAACAACUCGUCGGACUGGAACGGGACGGACUUCAGCUGGACGGGCAUCGCCAAGGAGCGGUCCGCGCUCGCCGUCCUGCUGCUGCUGUUCUCGGUGGCCACGGUGUUCGGCAACGCGCUCGUGAUCGCCGCCGUGGUGCGCGAGCGCUACCUGCACACCGCCACCAACUACUUCGUGACGUCGCUGGCCGUGGCCGACUGCCUGGUCGGCUUCGUGGUGAUGCCCUUCUCGGCCGUGUACGAGGUGGUGGAGAACCAGUGGCUGUUCGGCACGGACUGGUGCGACGUGUGGCGCUCGCUGGACGUCCUGUUCUCCACGGCCUCCAUCCUCAACCUGUGCGUCAUCUCGCUGGACCGCUACUGGGCCAUCACGGACCCCUUCACCUACCCCACCAAGAUGACGCGCCGGCGCGCCAUGAUCCUCAUCGCCGUGGUGUGGGCGGCCUCGGGCACCAUCUCCUUCCCGGCCAUCUUGUGGUGGCGCGCGGUGCGCUCCGAGGAGGUGCCGCCGCUCAAGUGCCCCUUCACGGACAGCCUGACGUACCUCAUCUUCAGCUCCACCAUCUCGUUCUACCUGCCGCUCUUCGUCAUGGUGUUCACCUACUACCGCAUCUACCGCGCCGCCGUCAUCCAGACGCGCUCGCUCAAGCUGGGCUCCAAGCAGGUCAUGAUGGCGUCCGGCGAGCUGGAGCUCACGCUGCGCAUCCACCGCGGCGGCACGGGCAGCAGCGGCGGCAGCAGCAACACGGAGCACCAGCAGCAGCAACAGCAGCACCACCAGCAGCGCGCCAGCCACGCGUCCGCCACGUCCACGCCCGAGGAGCCGCUCGCCAACGCCGACAUGGAGGACGCCCUGCACAACGGGCUGUCGCGCCACGGCGGCGGCGGCGGCGGCAGCACCGGCCACAACAAGAACCUCGGCAAGAACUUCAGCAUCAGCCGCAAGCUGGCCAAGUUCGCCAAGGAGAAGAAGGCCGCCAAGACGCUGGGCAUCGUGAUGGGGGUCUUCAUCGUGUGCUGGCUGCCCUUCUUCGUCGUCAACCUGCUGUCCGGCUUCUGCCCGCGCUGCAUCGUCAACGAGCAGCUGGUGUCCGCCAUCGUCACCUGGCUGGGCUGGAUCAACUCGGGCAUGAACCCCGUCAUCUACGCGUGCUGGAGCAGGGACUUCAGAAGGUGA